UAUUUCUUCACGUCUUCCCCUUUUUAGGAUCCUCCAAUUCUUCCCUCAAAGUGGCAAAAAACAUAUGCAAAACACCCUGAAUCUUUGAUGUUUCAGUAGGGUUUUCUUUUAAUAUUGGAGGGUGAUUUUCAGAAAAUAGAAGAAGAAGAAGAAGAAGAAGAAGAAGAAGAAGAAACCAGAGAGAAAGAUGUCGAAUUUAGGGCAGAAAUCUCAUGAAAGAGCAAGCUUUGUCAAUCUUCUGAGCCAGUACUUGAAAGAAAAAAGGAAUCUUGGGGAUUUCAGCGUUGGAAUCUCUUCAAAACCUGAUGCUAAAGGGCAACAAGCAAAAACGAUCAACUUUUUGUCCCACGUGGCUAAUUCUUCUGAGAGUUCAAGACCAAAUCUUGUGGCAUCUACAUCAAAUGUGAAAUCUUCAGAUUUCAUCCCCUUUGGCUCCUCCUCUUCCAAAGAAGACGCCAUUGACAAGACAGAUCUCAGGAAACUAGUAGCAGUGGAACCAAAGAAUGCUCAGCUGACCAUGUUUUUCAAUGGCCAAGUAUUUGUAUAUAAUGAUUUCCCAGCAGACAAGGUGAAGGAAAUCAUGACCUUAGCUAACCAAGGAAGCUCAACAGCAUGUAGCGGUGUCAAUGUUGCCGUCUCUGCCAUGGAAAAACCGAGCCAUAAGAUCAAUAAAACCGAUAACAAUUCCGAUAUCCCUGACUUGAACAUUGCCUCCGGAACUGCAAAUACUCUGGCUCAAGACCCUUCGGUUGAGCGACAUCAGUAUGGCGGUUCGGACUUGCGAAUCGCAAGAAGGAAUUCGCUUCACAAGUUCUUUGAGAAGAGGAAAGACAGGGCAGCUGCCAGAGCACCGUACCAAUUGAACAACAACCGAGUCUCGCCUCCUCCGCCUAAACGUGGCGGAAACAAGGCGGCGGAUUACGAGGAAGGUGAAUCAUCGAAAGAAACAUCAAGAAACAUUGAUCUCAAUUUAUAGUUUAUAUGACUUCAUUGUGUUGCAAGUAUAGUUAUACCUUUUAGUGAAUUUACAGGCACAAGGAUGUCAAACUAUUAACUAUUGUUGUUGGGCAUUUUUACACAGUAUGUUUCUGUUUUGUAACUAAUCUGUUGCAAUUGAACUCAAACCUGAUUUCUUUUA